AUGCACUCGAUGGGUUGGAUCGAAGUGGAAGAAAGUCAAGUUGCUCAACACAAUUUGAUUGAUACAAUUGCUGAGUGCAUCAGUAAUCUGGCAAGAGAAAGAAAGGAUCUGUGGAAAACACAUGAAACAUGGGGUGGGGUAAGUAUUAAACGUAAAUGUAUAUUAUUUAUAAUACUCUUCAACUCAUAUUCAAUCGAGUGACAUGCCAACAAAAUCUUGAUAUUUACACAUAACCUACACAUGGCAGUAUCCUAGAUAGUAUAUAUUGCUCGUUUGCAAUCGACGCCAUCUUGGUUGAUUUUGUGGCAACUAAAAAUCUAUAUUCUUCAUUCUUUGUCGUGCAUAUAGUUGUGCCAGGAAUCGUAUACUAUCCAUAAUGCAGUAAUAUUAGAAUGUUAGGGUCUGUAAUCCAAGUGAGAAUAUAUACAUUUUAAGACCUAACGGGUUAGGUCUUAAAAUGUAUAUGUUCACACUUGGAUUACAAACCCUAACAUUCUAAUAUUAAUUCCACCAAGUGAAGUGCACGAAUCCAAAUCAUUGAAGUCCACCUUACCACAACCCGCACACCCGAUUACCUAUAUAUACAUGAACUUACGGUUACAGCUCAACAGCUAGCCUCUGUAGCUCAGUUGGUUAGAGCUCUGCACCGGAAUCGCAGGGCCGUAGGUUCAAUUCCUACCAGAGGACCUUGUGCUGCAUUUUUCGCAGUCGUUCCAGGAUAUGUCUUAUAUAUAUAUAUAUAUAUAUAUAUAUAUAUAUAUAUAUAUAUAUAUAUAUAUAUAUAUAUAUAUAUAUAUAUAUAUUCUCACUUGGAUUACAAACCCUAACAUUCUAAUAUUAAUUCAACCAUGUGAAGUGCAAGAAUCCAAAUUAUUGAAGUCCACCAUAAUACAGUAAGAUGUUUUCAAAACAAACCAAAAAUAUUAAAGUAACUCAACUAUUCCGAUGUAAACGGCUGGACAAAACUUUAAAAUCAACCAAGAUGGCGCCUAAUGAUACGUAUAGGGACGUCAUGUGCGAGCAAAGAAUACAUGAACUCGUGGUUAGAGCUGGACAACUGGCCCAUAUGUAGCUCCGUUGGUUAGAGCUCUGAACCGGAAUCGCAGGGACGUAGGUUCGAUUCCUGCCAGGGACCUAAACUUGCAUUUUGCGCUUCUGUUCCUGGUUAGGUCUAAUCAAUGUAAUCAGUCUGUCUGUAUAUAAAAUUCCACUCAAUAAUUUCCAUCUACAAUACCUUUCAACUAAGUAUUAAACGGUACUUUACUUUUUUAUGUCGCACGUGUUUGCAUUGUCUGUGCCAGUGAUGGUAGUGCCAAUAAAGCCGGUUACAGACGAGCAAUUUUUUAUGACAUGCAAGUUUUAUUUGCUCGUCUGUAUAGGCAACUUUGCCAAUUCAUGCCUGUAGAAAAGGAAAAUUGUCGUCUUCGCGAACAUAAAUUUUGGAUCUUCAGUGCUGUAUAGCAGCUGCAUGGAAAAGCUUGGAAUCUGUAGGCCAGGAGAUUUCGGGAAUCUGGCUGCUGCCCCAGGAAAAUCUAAAGUUUCUUAGAAAUGACUCAACUGAGGAACAGUUUACUAUUUUAGUGAUUUUACAUCACAUAAUUUGUGACUUGUGAGGAUGAGAAUUCAGAAAAUAUCAUGUAAUACAAUACACACUGGAGAGAAUAUAUGGGCAGAAUAAUUAAAUAUUAGCAUUGAAGAAUUCAUAUUUCAUAAUUGAUAUUUGACAUCGGAUCUUCAACAGUAAUCACUAUUGACUAUUCAACAGUAAUGUGUUGACUUUUUUCAGUUUGUAUUAUUUAAUCCUUGUAAAAUUCUUAAUUUCCGAUAUAAAUUUUUUCUGUGUUGGUGUUGUGUACUCAGGUGAAUAUGAUGUUUGUGAUGUUACCCUGAGUGUAUAUCCACACCGGGCGAGCUUGAAACUUGCUUACAACUUGCAAGAAUAUUUUUUAGUUUGGUCACGAAAAAUUUCGUUUUGGCCCAGCACAACUAGCUAUAGGAGGAUUUUCUACAGGCAUGUGCCAAUAUUUUCCAUGACACGUCCACUUAUUCGAAAGCUAGUAUGCUAGGAUUUGGACAAGUGAACUUGUCAUAGAAAAUAUUGGCAAAGAACAAAUUGUUUUCGUCUGUAUGGGUCAACAAUUACUCAGAUUAUAUUACGUUGCCAAAUUUUCGUUGCAUGCGGUUGGUCAGCGAUCUAUUGUUGUAAAAGAUGAUAAUAGCUCCCGUGGCGGUCAGAAAACCAAACACUUUACUAUGAUACGGCUUUUCUAUCCAUUAAACCUAGUAAAAGAAAUUUCAAAAUUACAAGAUGCAAUAAAAUUGUUCAAAAAAUAAAUGCCAUAAAUGUCGUAGAUACAGUAUGUUUGACAAUCUUAACAGAUAUUGGUCGCCUAGUUUUCAAUGACCGAUAAUGUUAUUGUUAGUGUCGGCACAACCAGGCACUGCAGUAUGUCCACUUUCAGCCACAUUGAUUUUAGUGUUCACUGAAUAUAAAUAUAAAUAUGCAAUAUUUUCAUUGCUGGUGUCAUCAGAUGAAGUUUGCCACGUAUUUUAUCAAAUUUGAAACAAAGUUCGACGUUUCUAGCGACGGACCUUCGUUUUGAAUUACUUGGCACUCCCAUUCAAGUCUUUUCAACUUCUACCGCACACUAAAUGACUCGGCAAGCGGAUGCGUGAAAAUGUGCGCUGGAGCACACCAUUUAUAAAUACCGAAUAAUAUAAAUGCUAACAGCAUUCGAGUAUCCUGUUUAUGUACUUUUGUAUGCAUAGCAACUGGCCUAGUCUCUGUCGUUCUGAAGCUAGCAUGUAGCGUGACGUCACCACUCAAGGUGCUUACAGUUACAGGUAACCCAGGAACAUAAUAGCGAACUUCAGCAAGGCUUAAUCUAGUACGGGGACGUGACAGGAAACAGCCUUGAAUUUACACUUUCAAAAUUAUAAAGCACUACGGUUACUAAGAACGUCAACAAGCCGGACGAAAGUGCAACGAGGACGGUUUAUUACACCAUUAAAACAAGAAAAUGCGCAGAAAUGAAUAGACGACAAGUUUUCUUCGGCAAUGAUUUGAUUCAACGAGUGUGUUUGCGGUCACCGUCACGUUCCCAUCCUACAUGCUUCAGGUCGCUAUUAUUGUAUAUAUCAUACCUUGAAACCCCCUGGGUACGAGGUUGAUAGGAACAGCGAAGAGAGAAACCUGCAUGCAGUUAGACUAUACAUUGCAACGAGAAUCACAAUUCAGUUGGCUGCUUUUUAGGGUAAUGAUUUACGUUUGCUUCUGGGGACUGAUAAUUUGAAAUUGGUCGACUAUCAAACUAAGGCAACUCUCGUGGUACAGCCUCUUUCGAAAAUACGCGGUUGGACAUUUGGAAGACAAGAACGGAAGUAAGUAAAAUAUGUGUUAAAAACUUAAGUUGCUAUGUUUUGCAUGUGUUGCGUUGUGUUGUGUUAUAUUGUGUGGUGUUGUGUUGUGUUGCUUUCAGAGUUUCAAAAUACGAAUAAAUUCGUUCAGCGAGUAAAUUCGUUCAACGAAUUCAAAUAUCAAGAGUUUCGAAGUUAUAGAAGUGGGUAAUAAGUUUAAAGUCCAAAUAAUACCAAAUACGAAUUUUGGUAUUUGUAGUAUUUCCAAGAAGAAAUAUUAUAUAUCUUUAUAGUAAAAAGCCUCAUUUCAAACAAUCAUUUCACAAUAGCAGUUCUCAAAUAUGAUACCAUUAGGUGGAUUGCAAAGUAGUUUUUCUUUGUUUUUUUGCUCCAAAACUUGACCUAAUGACAUCAUAUUCGUGAAAAAGUUGAUAAUUAUGAGGUCUUUCACUUCUCAAGGUCCGUUUACACUUGCAAUUUUUGCUGUGAUUUCUAGUGCGAUUUUCGUCUUCUAAUGGAUGUGAACGACUAGGUGAGCUUUGAAAGUUCAGGUGAGGAUAGUCUGUACAUUUUCUUUGAACAUUCAUAACUCAUCUACUCGUUCACAUCCAUCAGAAGGGAAAACUCGCACUAGAAAUCGCAGCAAAAUUGCAAGUGUAACGAGCCUUCAGAAUGAUUCGAAAGUUUUCCAAACCAAAAAAACCUAUUUGGUGUUACUGGCACUUUAAAUUUAGUUCAAUUCAAUUCUGCUCGGCUCGGUUUAUGAACUUUAGUUCCUAACAUCUGAUACCAUACCAAAAGUAAAUUCCUCAUCUCAUUUACAGACACUUUGCGUAUGUGGCAAGAGACCAAUUUACUGGCAAGCAUAAAUGUCACUUGUUCCGUUGUCAUGGGAACUUUUCAGGACGAUAUAUCAAUUACAACCUACAUGAAAUGGCCAACAGGAUAUUGGAAGAGAGAAGAAGAGCUCGAGAGAAUCAGCAAAAUGACUCGACAAAACAAUGGUCAGAUAUUUUGAAUACUCCACCUAAACCGUCCGCAAAAG